AUGGAGAAGAUCAUUAAGAAGGCCUUGGUGCAGUUCCUCGAGCAGCACCAUCUCCUUUCUGAUGCCCAACACGGCUUUCGAAGUGGUAGGUCCUGCCUCACGAAUCUGCCCUUUACGCUCGAACGCUGGACCAAAGCACGUGAUGAAGGCAAGGUGGUGCACGCCAUCUACAUCGACUUCAAAAAGGCUUUCGACAGCGUUCCUCAUCAACGUCUCUUGUACAAACUGCGCAACGCUGGAAUUCGUGGACGCCUUCUUGUAUGGAUCCAGAUCUUUUUGGCUGGACGGUCCCAGGUCGGGCGUCAACAGUCCUCAGAUGUAAGCGUGGUGAGUGGCGUCCCACAGGGCUCAGUCUUAGGUCCCACGUUAUUCCUCGUUUUCGUAAAUGACUGCGUCAAGGACCUAGACUGUGAUGCCAUCCUGUUUGCCGACGACAUAAAAUUGUGGAAAGUUAUUCACGAUGCGGCAGACGCAGACCACCUGCAAGCAAACUUAAACAGGCUCGAAGACUGGUCGAAGCGCUGGCUUAUGCCCUUCAAUAUAAGCAAGUGUAACUUUCUUCAACUCGGCGGCUUCAGAGCCCCCAACCCCAGGACCUACUUUCUAAACGGCACACCACUGCAGCAGGUUGACAGUCAGAAGGACCUGGGUGUAUGGAUUACAUCUUCACUCAAACCAACACUGCACUGCGCGAAGGCGGCUAAAUCGGCUACGGCCACAUUGCAACUCAUUAGGCGAGCAUUUAUGCGUUUUGACCCUGACUGCUUUUCCAAAAUAUUUGGCACCUUCGUGCCACCUCAACUAGAAUACGCCAUACAGGCGUGGAAACCCUGGACUGCCAAGGAGUAUACCGUCUUGGAGAAGGUCCAGAGACGGGCGAACAAAAUGACACAAGGUCUGGGAGCACUGCCCUAUGAAACCAGACUGUCAAUCCUAAACCUGUUUCCCCUUUCCUACAGGCAAUUACGUGGUGAGCUUAUACUAACAUUUCGCAUCAUCAACGGCCUAGACUGUUGUUUAGAUCCCACUGAUUAUUUCACCCAAGCCAACACGCCCACUUUGCGCGGUCAUCCCCUAAAACUACGCGCAGGGAAAUCAAGAACCAAUGGACGAAAGUCCUUUUUCAGUAACAUAGUGGUUGCAGCCUAG